GCCGCCGCCAUUUUGAGCCGUUUUGGUGCCAACCAUGAGCAAAUUUUGGGGAAAAAAGCCAUUUUGAGCCAUUUUGAUGCCAACCAUGAGCCAAAUUUUGUGGGGCCGCCGCCAUUUUGAGCCAUUUUGGUGCCAACCAUGAGCCAAAUUUUGUGGGGCCGCCGCCAUUUUGAACCAUUUUGGUGCCAACCAUGAGCCAAAUUUUGUGGGGCCGCCGCCAUUUUGAACCAUUUUGGUGCCAACCAUGAGCCAAAUUUUGUGGGGCCGCCGCCAUUUUGAACCGUUUUGAUGCCAACCAGGAGCAAAUUCGGGGGAAAAAAGCCAUUUUGAGUCAUUUUGAUGCCAACCAUGAGCAAAAUUGUGGGGGAAAAUACAAUUUUGAGCCAUUUUGUUGCCAACCAUGAGCCAAAUUUUGAGGUUAAAAUACAAUUUUGAGCCAUUUUGGUGCCAACCAUGAGCCAAAUUUUGUGGGGCCGCCGCCAUUUUGAGCCGUUUUGAUGCCAACCAUGAGCAAAUUUUGGAGUAAAAAUACAAUUUUGAGUCAUUUUGGUGCCAACCAUGAGCAAAAUUCUGGGGAAAAAAGCCAUUUUGAGCCAUUUUGAUGCUGAUCAUGAGAAAAUAAUUGGGAAAAAGUCCAUUUUGAGCCGUUUUGGUGCCAACCAUGCGCCAAAUUUUGUGGGGCCGCCGCCAUUUUGAGCCGUUUUGAUGCCAACCAUGAGCCAAAUUUUGGGGGAAAAAGCCAUUUUGAGUCAUUUUGAUGCCAACCAUGACCAAAAUUUUGGGGGAAAAAUCCAUUUUGAGCCAUUUUGGUGCCAACCAUGCGCCAAAUUUUGUGGGGCCGCCGCCAUUUUGAGCCAUUUUGAUGCCAACCACGAGCCAAUCGGGAAGGACGUCGGGUUUUUUCGGGCUCCCCCUGUGCCCACCCCCCUCACUCCCACCCUUUCCUCCCCCCAUAGCUGGGGUCGCUGGCGGGAAAUCCUCUCCCACGGCCGCUUCAAACGUCGCCUUUCGGAACGGGACGUGGAAACCAUCUGCAGGGCCAUCUUGGUUUACUGCCUCCUCCAUUACCGCGGCGACGAGAGCAUCAAGGCCUUCAUUUGGGAUCUCAUCAGCCCUAACGAGAACGGUCUCUCCAUCCCGGUCCCUCGGGGUCGUAAAGGGAAAAAGGUGAAAUCCCAAAACGCUUUCGAGGUCCACAAAGCGGAGUGGAUCCGUAAAUACAACCCCGAGGCGCUGUUCCAGGACGAGAGCUACAAGAAACACCUCAAGCAUCAGUGCAACAAGUGAGCGCGGGGAAAUCCCAAAAU